ACCCAAAGCACAUUGCUCUACCCUCCCUGAAAAGGUUCCAGAGUUUUGUUUUGUUUUGCAUUCCCAUUUGUUCUGCCCAAGUUUACCCAGUUGCCCCUCCAGGCUAAAUACUUGCAUUCUGCAUGAGCAAGAUUAAAUGGUCAUUAGCCAGGCUUGCUGCAUUCACAAAGCCGUCGCUCUGCAGGGUGAACUGCUGCGUUCAUUUGGAUGCAAAACUGAGGUUAGGUUCCAGCUGUUGCCCGAGAUCCCCCCUGCAGCAGCUCGAUUGAUUACGGCUGGUGUAGGCAGUACAAACGGUAGCUCCACAUCCCCUCCCUAAUGCACCAUGUCGGCCCUGAAGAGAGCAACCUCCAGGAAGGCGGAAGAGAAAAUCAGCGGCGGCCCAGUAAAGGAGUCAGGCCGCCCGAGUAUGAGAAAGAACAAAUCCACGCAUGCACUGUGGUGGAAGUGGUUCAUAAUUCUGACAUCUACCACGUUUAUUGCUUUUUGUGUGGUCUUGCUUUGGGAUUAUCUACACAAGAACGAUUUUAAAGAGGUGCUUGCACGCCAGGCUGAUGUUUUGGAUGGAAUAUUUUUUGAGAUACCAUGCUCCAAAGAUUAUGAAAAUUACAAGCGAUUUCCAGGCUGUACUCCAACAAAAUGUGGGAGGGCCGUGAAAGAUACAGUAGUAAAUCGAGAAGAGGCAGAAAAGCUGUUACGUAUAGCAAAGAAAGGGCUGUCCUUAGGAGGAUCAGAUGGUGGGGCCUCCAUUCUAGAUUUGCACUCUGGAGCACUAUCAAUGGGGAAACAGUUUGUUAAUAUUUAUAGGUACUUUGGAGAGCAAAUAAAGGAUAUAUUUGAUAAAGAAGACUUCGCACUAUACAGUGAUGUGCGAGGGCGUAUUCAGCAAGUAAUAGCUCAAUCAUUCGGGAUUGACCCGACUCGUCUGCAUCUCACAAAACCCACCUUUUUCUCAAGGAUGAACAAUACUGAAGCCAAGACAAUGCAUGAUGAGUAUUGGCAUCCUCACAUUGACAAGCUUUCCUUGAAAAAUUUUAUUGGAAGAAAACUUAAAUUGAGGACUCCUGCUCUUAUUACAAGAGAAAUGGUGACAUAUGGAUCAUUUGACUACACUUCACUGCUGUACCUUUCGGACUACAGGACUGACUUUGGUGGUGGGCGAUUUGUGUUCGUUGAUGAACUUGCAAACAGAACUGUGGAGCCUCGGAUAGGUCGUGUUUCUUUCUUCACAUCUGGCUCAGAAAAUCUUCAUUACGUGGAAAAGGUAGAGUGGGGCACAAGAUAUGCCAUCACAGUCUCAUUCAGCUGUGACCCUGCCCAUGCCAUUGAAGAUCCUUCUUUAUCAUAGACUGGUUGGGGUCUUGAAGAACAGCUGCUAGAAAUAAACUGCUAAAAAUGGGGGGUAAAAAAAAGCAAAUCAGUUGUAUACUAAAAAAAAACAUUGAUUUUUAAGUAAAAUUGAAAGUCAAAUGUGGAGGGCAUACCACAGUAUUGAAAAUUGGCUUGGGUCCACUCUCUGACCUUUAACUGUAUUCCUAAAAUAGUUUCUAUUUAAAGGUAUUAUUUUUGUGUUAUGAUUCUGAGUCACACUGUCAAAUUAUGUAAUUAUGAUUUGACUGCGAAACAUGGCAUUUUAACACAGCUGUUCAAUUGGUAUUCUUGAGUUUAUUGGAAGUGUUAACUAGCUGAGUAUUGAAACAACUGUUAACUAGUUGUCUACUGCUGUUGGACUCAUAGUUUAGAGUUCUGUUAGACUACUUUUUAGUCUUUAAUCAGAGUACCAGGUUUUUCAUAUUAAGUGGGAUCACCUUUCAAAUGUUCAUUCAUUAAAAAUGACAUCAGGUUGUCUCUCCAAAUUUAUUGUGCAGCCUUCAGGUCAGCAUCAACUCCUGCAACGGUGCCGUAACUGACCCUUAUCAGUGCUUGUGCCAGAGUGGAGGUACUGAAUGAAUCUGACAGAAUAAUUAGUGAGUGUUUAAUGCUUGAUUACUUAACUGAUUCAAGAUUUCCUGUACAAAACAAACCUGUGUAAAAUAAAUCUUUUCAAAUAAUUUUGUGAACAGCCUGAACAAAUUGUAUUUAUUGAAAAGAAUUUAACAC